GGCAGCGCACGCGGAAGGAGACCCGCCAUUGAAGCAACCUCACAACGUGAGCGUUUCGUUAAAGUGCACUGCAUUACACGGGUGCAAUUUUUUUCCUUUUAUACCUACUGCUGGUAUUUUGUUGGAGGGAUGGCGUACAGAGGACAAGGACAGAAGGUCCAGAAGGUUAUGGUGCAGCCCAUUAACCUUAUUUUCAGGUAUCUACAAAACCGCUCACGGAUCCAGGUCUGGUUGUAUGAACAGGUGAACAUGCGGAUAGAGGGCUGCAUCAUUGGUUUUGAUGAGUACAUGAACCUGGUUCUAGAUGAUGCUGAGGAAGUCCACAUGAAGACUAAGAACAGGAAGCCGCUGGGGAGGAUCAUGUUGAAAGGAGACAACAUUACCUUGCUGCAGAGUGUGUCCAGCUAGGACAAUGGAUGCCUACAAAUCUUACCUUUCCUAGAAAGAAAUAUUUUCCCUUUGUUUUGUUUUUGCAAAUGAUGUUGAGUAUGUUUGUGUUUAUAUAACAUGAAUAUUGUAAUUGUUUCUUUCUACCACAUGUUUCCAUUUUGAGAAUAAAGUUUUUUUUUUUUCCUUA